AUGGCUAAGCAAGUCAUCUUUCUCAUGCUCACAUGCUUGGUCUUGAUUAGCCCAACCGAAGCGGACUACAAUGUGGUGAGAUAUGGGGCGAAGCCGGACGGGGCGACGGAUGCAACAGAGGCAUUCCUGAGGGCGUGGAAGGCCGCAUGCGGGUCGGCUCAGGCCGCUACAAUUUACGUGCCGAAAGGGCGGUACGUGCUAAAGGCGGUGGAGUUCCGGGGUCCGUGCAAGAGCCGGAUGACGGUGAAGAUCGAUGGGACAUUGGUGGCACCGACGGACUACUGGGCACUGGGGAAUUCAGGGUACUGGAUAUUGUUCAGACAGGUGAACAAGUUGACGGUGGUCGGUGGGAAACUGGAUGCCAAGGGUGCUGGUUAUUGGGCUUGCAAGAAUUCUGGCCGGAGUUGCCCUCCCGGCGCUAGGUCGAUAACAUUCAACUGGGCCAAUGACAUCGUGCUGAGCGGAUUGACGUCGAUCAAUAGUCAAGAAACGCAUAUCGUGAUAAAUAGCUGCAAUAAUGCGGUGGUGCGGAACGUGAAAGUGAUUGCUCCGGACCAGAGUCCCAACACGGAUGGCAUUCACGUGCAGUCAUCGACUGGUGUCACCAUCACUGGGAGCACUCUCCAGACCGGAGAUGAUUGCAUAUCAAUCGGACCUGGUACUACCAAUCUAUACAUGUCUCACGUCAAAUGCGGUCCGGGCCAUGGCAUUAGCAUUGGGAGCCUAGCGAGGGAUGCGACUGAAGAUGGAGUCCAAAACGUGACCCUGACGAAUGCGGUGUUCACUGGAUCUGACAAUGGGGUCCGGAUAAAGUCAUGGGCCAGGCCCAGCACUUCCUUCGUCAGGAACGUCCUCUUCCAGAACAUAGUCAUGACUAAUGUGAAGAACCCAAUCAUCAUUGACCAGAACUAUUGCCCCAACAACCAAGGCUGUCCUCUCCAGAGUUCCGGGGCCAAGAUUAGUCAGGUGACAUACAGGAACAUACGAGGGACAUCGGCAACUCAGAAUGCGGUGACUUUCGAUUGCAGCGGGAGCACACCAUGCCGAGAGAUCAGACUACAAGACAUUCAUCUCACCUACAUGAACAGGGCGGCCACUUCUUCUUGCAAGAACAUAGGGGGCACCAGCAGCGGACUCCUGGUGCCUCAAAGUUGCCUGUGA